UUCGACGUUGUCCACAGCCGUGCGUCGUCCGCUGGCCGGAGGACGCGGGAUCUGGUCCGCCAACACGACCUGGUCCGCUCGUCGACUCGAUUUGGACUGUCAUGGCCAACCAUCGAGCUCGCCCUUUAUCCCUGUCUUCAACCGUACGCAGCGGCUCCCUCUUCCCCAGUCCUGGCCGAGGCGGUCCAGGACGGACGACGCCGCCCGUGUUUCGCGUCGCGCUGCCGUCGUGCCGCCCGGCCACACCAAAUCGUCGAGCGCCGCCAGCUCUGCUGCUGCCCGCCCUCUGGCUCGCCGCCCAUCUCCGACCGCGGCCCCGCGCUGUCCGGAUGCGGCCGUGCCGCCCAUCCGACCGCGCGCUGCUGCUCCUCUCCCCCGCCGGAGGCCUGCUCGCCCGACCACGCUCGACCGCGCCGCCGCCGCCCCGGCCUCCUCCGCCUUCUCGCGCCGCCUCCGGAUGCCGGCGCGCCCGGCUCGCGGGAUGCGUCUGCGGUGCCGUGGCGGGGCGGUGCUCUGGAGAAGGUCGUGCUGCAGCCCAUCCGGGAGAUCUCCGGCGCCGUGCAGCUGCCCGGCUCCAAGUCGCUCUCCAACCGGAUCCUUCUCCUCUCCGCCUUGUUCGAGGGAACAACGGUUGUGGAUAACCUGUUGAACAGCGAGGAUGUCCACUACAUGCUCAAGGCCCUGGACGCGCUUGGGCUCUCAGUGGAAGCAGAUAAAGUUGCAAAAAGAGCUGUAGUCGUCGGCUGCGGCGGCAGGUUCCCGAUUGAAAAGGAUGCCAAGGAGGAAGUAAAGCUCUUCUUGGGCAACGCUGGAACUGCAAUGCGGCCAUUGACGGCAGCUGUAGUAGCUGCUGGUGGAAAUGCGACGUUGGUAGCAGCACCGAAGACCGCUGGUAGCAGGGUCGGCGGCUGUUGGUAG